AUGCAUCCAUGUCCAGCCACCACCACCACCUCCACCACCGCCGCUGCCGCCAUGAUUUUACGUAGAAACCCCUUUAUUCUCCUCAAUUCCAGAAUCAACCCUCCCAUUUUCCGCUGCCGCUGCGUUUUGGAUCAGCUUCUUCCCAAUCUCUCCCUUUCUUCUUCAUCUUCCCUCGGCUCUGUCAACUCAAUUGCCGCCGCCGCCGCCGCUUCUUCCGGCUCGGCUCACGCUGCCGUCGCCUCCGCCAUCACCCAGGUCGCUGUUACUGCAGUUGCCAUUGCUUCUGGGGCUUGUCUCUCAACUAAGGUCGAUUUUUUGUGGCCAAAACUCGAUGAUCAGUCUGGAUCUCUCAUAAUCGAUGGUGUAGAUGUCACAGGGUAUCCGAUAUUUAAUGAUGCCAAGGUGCAAAAGGCAAUCACAUUUGCAAGAAGAGCUCACCAUGGCCAGUUACGGAGAACUGGGGACAGUUACCUCACUCAUUGUAUUCACACAGGAAAGAUUUUAGCUGUGCUGGUUCCAUCAACUGGAAAGAAGGCUAUUGAUACUGUUGUUGCUGGUAUCCUGCAUGAUGUCGUUGACGAUACUUGUGAAAGUUUGGAAAGCAUUGAGAACGAGUUUGAUGUGGAUGUAGCAAGAUUGGUGGCUGGAGUGUCCAGACUAAGUUAUAUAAAUCAGUUAUUGCGGAGGCAUCGCAGGCUAAAUGUAAAUCAGUCUACAUUAACUAAUGAAGAGGCUAAUAAUAUUCGAGUGAUGCUGUUGGGCAUGGUUGAUGAUCCACGUGUGAUGCUUAUAAAGCUUGCUGAUCGCCUUCACAACAUGAGAACCAUUUAUGCUUUGCCUUCAACGAAAUCGCAAGCUGUGGCCCAGGAAACAUUGGUAAUUUGGUGCUCGCUUGCUUCUCGUCUUGGGCUCUGGGCACUGAAAGCUGAACUUGAAGAUCUUUGUUUUGCUGUUCUGCAGCCUCAUAUCUUUCGUAGGAUGCGUGCUGACCUGGCAUCUAUGUGGAGCCCCGUUAACAGGCCUGCCAGUCAGAGAAGACUCUUUGCAAAAUCUAGCUAUUUUAAGAAACAGAAUGAGAAGAACUUGAUUUCGGAAUGUGAACACAACACUCAAGAUGAUGAUGAAAAAGUAAACAUGAAGAUUCUUCUGGAGGCUGUACUCCCUUUUGACCUCUUACUGGACAAGAAAAAACGUAUUGACUUUUUGAACCAUCUCGGGGAAUAUUCUGAAGGACAAUCAAGAAAACCAAAGGUUGUCAGAGAUGCUGGGAUUGCUUUGGCAUCCAUGGUGCUCUGUGAGGAAGCUCUUGAGAGGGAGUUAUUCAUUUCAACCUCCUAUGUUCCUGGAAUGGAAGUGACUUUGUCCAGUCGCCUGAAAAGCUUGUAUAGCAUUUACAGCAAGAUGAACAGAAAAGAUGUAAAUAUAACUAAGGUGUAUGAUGCUCGUGCUUUGAGAGUGAUUGUUGGAGAUAAGAAUGGGACUUUGCAUGGGCAAGCUGUUCAAUGUUGCUACAAUCUUCUCAAUAUUGUCCACAGAUACUGGACCCCCAUUGAUGGUGAGUUGGACGAUUACAUUGUCAAUCCAAAACCAAGUGGCUACCAGUCUUUGCACACUGCAGUUCUGGGUCCCGACAACUCGCCUUUGGAAGUCCAAAUUAGGACACAGAGGAUGCAUGAAUAUGCUGAACAUGGACUUGCUGCUCAUUGGCUUUACAAAGAAACUGAAAAUAAUAAGUUACCUUUGGAGAACGAAAUGGAAAAUCCUGAAGAAAUUGCUUCCUCAUACCUCUUCAAGGAAAUGGAAGAUCAUACUUCAUUUGAUGAUGACUUGUACCAGAAGUAUCGCGCUUUGAAACCCGGCCAUCCAGUUCUUAGAGUUGAAGCGGGUCAUUUGCUUGCUGCAGUUAUCGCUAGGGUCGAUGAGGACGGGAGAGAUUUGCUUGUUGCUGUAAGCUUUGGCCUUCCAGCUUCUGAAGCAGUGGCUGACCGAAGAUCUUCUAACCAAGUGAAUCGGUGGGAAGCGUAUGCAAGAUUGUACAAAAAGGUCUCUGAUGAGUGGUGGUUUGAACCAGGGCAUGGGGAUUGGUGUACUUGUCUUGAGAAGUACACACUUUGUCGAGAUGGGAUUUACCAUAAGCAAGAUCAGUUUCGUCGUAUCCUUCCAACCUUCAUCCAAAUCAUUGAGCUUACUGAACGAGAGGAAAGUGAAUACUGGGCCGUUGUAUCUGCGGUUUUUGAGGGAAAAUCAACUGCCUCUGUUGUAUCGGCUUGCGAGUGUCCCGAUACACAAAGCUUUAGUUCGCACAGGUCAAGUUUGAUGAGCUCUGGUAUCAACAACAAGGUGCUUUUACUUAGAACAAUGCUUCAAUGGGAAGAGCAGCUUCGCUCUGAAGCAGGGCUGCAGCUUAAUAAAGUAAACGAGGAUUCAAGACUAUCUGGGAUGACAAGUUCCAAGUCCACUGUCUCUUUUGGUGAGGUAGUGAUUAUAUGCUGGCCACAUGGCGAGGUGAUGAGGCUGAGCACCGGUAGCACAGCUGCUGAUGCUGCUAGAAGAGCUGGACUAGAGGGGAAGCUGGUCUCGGUAAAUGGUCAACUCGUGGUUCCCAGCACUGAGCUAAAAGAUGGUGAUGUGGUUGAGUUCCUUUGCCCUAAUAUUAUUAUUACUUGGAAUCUUUCGGGGAGAAGGAGGAGGAUUGGAAUUGGAUUGACUGGUAGUGAGAUGGGAAUUGAAAAUUAUCAUGUGAUUGAGCUCGUUGGUGAAGGUUCCUUCGGGAAGGUUUACAAAGGAAGACGCAAGUUUACGGGAAAGACUGUGGCUAUGAAAUUCAUUCCCAAACAUGGUAAAAGUGACAAGGACAUCCACAAUUUACGGCAAGAGAUCGAGAUCUUAAGAAAACUGAAGCAUGAGAAUAUAAUAGAAAUGCUUGAUUCUUUUGAGAGCCCACAAGAGUUUUGUGUUGUCACGGAAUUCGCUCAGGGCGAGCUGUUUGAAAUUCUUGAAGAUGAUAAGUGCCUGCCCGAAGAAGAAGUUCAGGCCAUCGCAAAACAAUUGGUUAGAGCUUUGUAUUAUUUACAUUCAAAUCGUAUCAUCCAUCGUGAUAUGAAGCCACAAAAUAUCCUCAUCGGUGCUGGAUGUGUUGUUAAGCUUUGUGACUUUGGUUUUGCUCGCUCAAUGUCUGCAAACACAGUUGUUUUGCGGUCCAUAAAAGGUACUCCGCUGUACAUGGCACCAGAAUUGGUUCGAGAACAGCCCUACAACCAUACUGCUGAUCUAUGGUCCCUUGGAGUCAUUUUAUACGAGUUGUUUGUUGGACAACCACCUUUCUACACCAACUCAGUAUAUGCUCUCAUCCGUCACAUUGUUAAGGAUCCAGUUAAAUAUCCAGACAAUAUGAGUUUGAAUUUCAAAAGCUUCUUGAAGGGUCUGCUGAAUAAGGUUCCGCAGAGUAGAUUGACGUGGCCUGCUCUUCUUGAGCAUCCAUUCAUUCAAGGAAACAUUGAGGAUAUGGAUGCUCAUGUGAAACAUGAGGCUGCUUCUCCUGCAAAGGGACUUGACAUUGCUCUAAAGACCAAUUGCAAGAUUGCAUCUGAUGGAUUAAAUGUUGCUACUCCUGAGAGCAAACUGCACUCUGUGGUUAAUCGAGAAAACGUAUAUGAUCAUCACCUUUAUCCUGAUGGUCAUCUGGCAAAUCCCAACUCAGCCCCCAGAAAUGAUGUGACAAAAGAUGAUUUCCCAGGUUUUUCAGGUCCUGCUGAUGUUCUGCAGUCAGGUUGUGAGGUGUUGAACCGACUUGAGAACAACUCCCGUACAGUUAAAGGGGCUCAGAUAAUUGUUCAGGACAAUGAGUUAUUAUCUGUUACCUUGCUACCAUUGAAAACAUGGUGCAGUAAACCACAGAGCACAACCAGGGAUCAGGACAUUGUUAAAUUGAAUCAGUCACUCAGAAUUCUUUCAAACAUAGCAGCUGCUGGGGUGCUUCAUUCUAAUUCUAUCAUUGAUGAAGUAUUGUCUCAGCUUCUUGGAUUUAACAUUUUCAUGGUAAAACUAAAGUCAGCUCAUGGUAAUGAUUUGAUGGCCAAGAGCUUUGCCGUUACUAGGAAAUUGUUAGACGCCUAUGAAGGCAAUAACGGAAGCUCAUUCUUCAGACAUUGGAAAACAUUACUUGAACUAUACUCGCAGGUUGUCAGUUGCCCAGAAGAAGUAUCUGGAAGAAUUUUGUAUGAAGCAACUGCUUGCAUCACGGUCAUGUUAUCCAUUGUGGCACAGGCUCUCAAAGCGUUGCCAGCAGCUUCAGAUACUACGGGAAUGCCAUACCGGAGCGUUAUGCAAGUUUUAGACCAUGCUAAGGAAUCUGAAUUGACUGAAGUCUUGUGUUUGUGCUUGGCUAUGUCAGGCUCGAGUCUCAUGUCGGGCUCUUCAAAUUUGUUGCGAGCCGCUUGUGAAGCUUGUAGGGCUCUUUGGUCAUUAGUGACUGCUUUGGAAUUGCUCUACUACAAAGAUAAUGCCCGUGUUUCUCCUCUGGCUGCAUUGCGGAGUCACUCUUUAUGUCAACCCAACAUUCAAGACAACUGUGACCAAGGUUUAUCAUUGCUUGCAAAGGAUCUAGCAAACACCACUGAGUCAGUGACAAAAGCCUUCAUAAAGUCCAAACCAAUUCAGAUAGCCGUUUAUUAUUGUCUUCAUCAACGUUUUGAGGCUACUCUUGGUGCUGCGUUACAGACUUCACUUCUAUUUCAGCUGAUCUUGAGGUGUUGCCUCAAUUGUGGGAGUGUUGCUAAUAUUCUCUGUGGACUCCCUAGUUCUCUUCCUGCUACUACUGUUGUUAGUGGAGGAGGGGAUGGUACCAUAGCUUCACAAAUCUUUUCCAUAUUAUCUUUAUGCACUUCCUCAUCAAAAGAAACACAUGGAGAAGCAGCCAAACUAACCGAUCCUGGCAUCUUGGUUCAACAUGGUUGCCUUCUCAUUGCUGCAGUGGCACAAAGUUUGAAGUUAUCUGGACGAAAUUCUGCACUAUUCAUGCUUACAUCCUCUUCAAAAAAGCAAUUAUCGCGGCUUUCACUUCUAGCCCACCAUUUCACUUCUGAUGAAAGGAUGCAAUCAUCAUUGUUUCGGCCUUCACGUUUGUCCGCAAUGCUUGCAUUUGCAUCCAUUUUAAGUCUUGAAACUGGAGUUCUUCCAGGUGACACAACAGUUGCUGAGAUAGCUGUGCCUUUAAUUCCACGAACUUCUACCCUCUGUGAUCAAAUCAAGGUCGUCUUGUCAGGUGAAGACAAUGCAGCAAAACAUAGUUUGUCUAGUGGGAUGCUCUCCUUUUGGCAUGGUAUUCGAGAUGGGUGCGUUGGUUUGUUGGAGUCCAGAUUGAAGUGGGGAGGACCACUAGCAGUGCAACAACUUUGUGCAACUGGUAUCCCCCAACUUCUAAUGGAUUUGUUGUUGAACAAUCAUGAAGAACAGAACCAUUCAGAGGGUCAAAUUGGUCUUUCUCCUGUUGGAAUUGUUUGGACACUUUCCUUAGUAUGUCAGUGUCUUUCUGGUGGCAUUUCGGUCUUCCGUCAAAUUUUAUUGAGGAAGGAAUACAUUAAGUCUGUUUCUGAUUUAAUCUGUGAUGCACACCUUAGGCUUGUUUGGUCCUGGAAUGGGCCUGGCGGAGGUAAGGAUGGGUUGCGAGAUUUAAUAAAUGCGGUAGUUGACCUUUUGGCUUUUCCUCUAGUCGCUGUUCAGAAUGCGCCUGGUUUACCGGCUGCUACUGCUUCUGUUAACAGUGGAUUCCUUCUUAAUGUUGGUUCACCGGGUGGGAAAGUUUGUGCCGAAGACAAGGACAUGGUUAAAACUAUAGAGUCAAAUUUGGGAAAAUACAUUCAACUCCUCCUAGAGACGGCAGUUCCAAGGAUGAUUUUGCAAUGUUUAGAGUACAUGGAUCUGAAAGAUGUGGCGAAGCCUGUUGCAUUUCUAGCUAAGAUGACUAGCCAUCGACCUCUUGCAGUGCAGCUUCUUGAUGCAAGCUUGCUACAUCCGGGAAGAAUGAAAAAGCUACUUGGUAGUUCUUGUCCCCGAGAAGUAACUCUGGAUGUUCUCAUGAUUAUAUCAGAUCUAGCUCGGAUGGAUAAGGCUUUUUAUAAGCACAUCGAGGGAGCUGAUAUCUUAGGGUUCUUGAAGGCCUUCCUGAUGGAUGAAGAUCCUAAUGUGCGGUCAAAGACUUGUAGUGUCUUGGGAAAUCUUUGUCGACAUAGCUCUUACUUUUACAGCCUAUUGGCAGAGCAUCACAUAGUGAGUCUUCUAAUUGAUCGGUGUGCAGAUUCUGAUAGGAGAACACGGAAGUUUGCCUGUUUUGCUAUUGGCAAUGCAGCCUAUCAUAAUGACCUUUUAUAUGAAGAGUUGAGGAAGUCCAUUCCUCAGCUGUCGAAACUACUGGUUUCAACUGAGGAAGACAAAACAAAAGCAAACGCUGCAGGCGCAUUGAGCAAUCUAGUUCGCAACUCUGAUAAGCUAUGUGAAGACAUAGUUUCCAAAGGAGCAGUGCAGGCAUUAUUACAGUUAGUUUCCGAUUGUUCCAUGGUAGCUCUGAACCCUACAAGGAGAGAUGCUAUCACCGAGUCUCCAUUGAAGAUUGCCUUGUUCUCAUUGGCAAAGAUGUGCGCUCACCCUCCCUGUCGACAAUAUCUUCGGUCAUCUGAGCUUUUCGGGGUGAUAAAGCGGCUUCGGCAAUCACCAGAAUCAACCAUCUCUAACUAUGCUUCUGUCAUUAUCAGUAAAGUUGCAGAAGGUUAA